AUGUUUCUCAAGAGCUCGGAGCUGGACGGCAACAACGGCGACCCUGUCGACUCGAUCAGCGACGAUCAAGUGGUCCCUUUCAGCGCCACAUCGCCCAGGAGGAACAUCCUCUCCCGCGACAGCAGCCCAGACUUGUCACGCUCGCCGCAGUACCAGGAGAGGCUGAACCGCGCGCGCAGCCAGAAGGCCAUGUCCUUCCGCAAGACAACCACUGCAGGCUCGAAUGCCCGCAUGGUCACGGCCAACUCGUUGGAGAAAUCCUCGGUGCACAGAGGCGCAUCCGCGACACCCAUUGUGGCGCUCGAGCAGGAGAUCGAGGAGAUGGAGAUCGAGGAGGAGCAGCUCAGCCAGGAUGCACGCCGCAAGGCUGAGCUCGCGGCCGCAACCAAAGCAAAGCAGCAGCGGCAGGAGUAUCGCUUCGAGGAGGACACGGGCGCGAUGGACGACUCGGUGGCGCCCACGUCAGAGGCGGAGGGGGGCAAGGCGCAACUCGCGGUGCGGCCUGUCGCCUCAUACGUGCCGGCGGUAAUCGACACUUCGGACCUGCGCGCGUUCCUCAUGCGGCCGGGGCCGAGCGGUGCGAUGGUGCAGUGCUAUAUUCAGCGGCGGAAGACUGGCAUGGCGCGCCUCUUCCCGACGUACGAGCUCUACCUCAAGGAGGGCGACAAGUUCCUUAUGGCGGCGCGCAAGCGCAAGAAAAACAAAGCGGCCCUCUACGCCGUAGGCACCGAAUUUACGCUGUACGAUAAGGGCUCGAACCCCGACAAGGUCGAGGGCACCGACCUCGUCAUGGCGAGGCAGGAGAUGGCGUGCGUGCUCUACAAGCAGAACGUGCUUGGUGCGCGCGGGCCACGCAAGAUGAAGGUGAUGGUGCCUGACGUCGACGAGGACGGCGAGCGGGCCGCGGACGAGUCCAUGCUCGAGCGCUACAAGUCUGCGCAGGACGACGACGAGGUGCAGGUGCUCAAGAACAAGCCGCCCAAGUGGAACGACCAGGUCGGCGCGUACGUCCUCAACUUCAAUGGGCGCGUGACGCGCGCGUCCGUAAAGAACUUUCAGCUUUACAACCCCUCCAAGGACCCGGAGGCGGUGCUGAUGCAGUUUGGGCGCGUGGGCAAGGACGCCUUCACGAUGGACUUCCAACAUCCGCUCUGCGCUCUCCAGGCGUUCGGGAUCGCCCUGAGCAGCUUCGACUACAAGAUAGCUUGUGAAUGGUGCGCGGCGCACACCCCUCUCCCUGGUACCGCGGGCCUGCGCUUUGACACCCUCCCCCUCCGUCGCUGCGUGCAGAUGAAUCUGUGA